CGAACUGGGCAGUGGGCUUUGAAGCUGUGCUGCCUUACAACGAAGACUUAAGAAGUAAUUAAAUUCCCGAAGAACUGCCAAGGCUCCUUGGGCUGAAAUGAGGGUGUUCCAGGCCCUGGACGUUGCGUCGCGAAGGAAGGAAUGUUUAAGCACGACUCAGUCAAAGCAGCGAAGACUUCUGUAAGACAUGGAUAGAUGCAAACAUGUUGGGCGACUACGACUCGCCCAGGACCAUUCUAUCCUGAACCCCCAGAAGUGGCGCUGCGUGGACUGCCAGACAACGGAGUCCAUCUGGGCUUGUCUGAAAUGCUCCCACGUAGCCUGUGGGAGGUACAUUGAGGAACAUGCACUUAAACACUUUGAAGAAACCAGACAUCCGUUGGCGAUGGAAAUUAAUGAUCUUUAUGUCUUUUGUUACCUUUGUGAAGAUUAUGUCUUGAAUGAUAACCCAGAAGGCGAUCUCAAGUUGCUGAGAAGCUCUCUGUCGGCAAUCAGGAGUCAAAAAUGUGAUCCGUCAGCAAGGAGUGGUAGGACAUUGCGCUCAAUGGCUUUUGGAGAGGACGUGUGCAGCCAUCAAAGGACCCCUCAGGGACAACCUCAGAUGCUCACGGCUCUCUGGCACAGGCGCCAAUCUUUGCUCACGAAAGCACUGCGGACCUGGUUUGAUAAGAGCUCCAGAGGCCAGCUAAAACUGGAGCAAAAGAAGCAAAUGGAAGAGUUGGAGAAGAAAAAGGAGGCGGCGAGGCAGCGGCGGCAAGAGAUGAAGAGACAACUUCUGGAGGAGCUAGCAAACACCCCGCCAAGGAAGAGCGCAAGGUUGCUGUCCCACGUGCACAGAGAGAACUUGAUUCCAAGGAAAUUCAGAGAGGUGGCAACCACUUCCCCUACCUCAAGGCGGAUGCAGAGCAGCAAAUUCAAGCAAUUUUAUUCCAUCCGGCGUAAGCCUCUGAUGACUCCCGGGGUGACGGGUCUAAGGAACCUGGGGAACACAUGUUACAUGAAUUCUAUUCUGCAAGUGCUAAGUCACCUCCAGAAAUUUAGAGAAUGUUUUCUGACACUUGAGCUCUGUGAAACAGAAGAACUCUUAGCCAAAACUGUGAAUGGGAAGUCUAGGAUGCCUGGCAAAUUGGCAAAUGGAUCUGCUGCUAAUGAGUCAGGGAAGACUGACAAAGUAGGAUCAUACGGCACGCAGAGCUUGCCAGCUGGCUUAAAUGGUGGCUCCUCAAUAAGCAGGAGUUUAGAACUGAUACAACCCAAGGAACCAAGUUCAAAGCACAUCUCCCUCUGCCACGAGUUGCACACCCUCUUCAGAGUGAUGUGGUCUGGCAAGUGGGCGCUCGUGUCCCCGUUUGCCAUGCUGCACUCUGUGUGGAGUGUGAUCCCAGCGUUUCGAGGCUACGAUCAGCAGGACGCUCAGGAAUUCCUAUGCGAGUUGUUGGACAAAGUGCAGCAGGAGCUGGAGUCGGAAGGAACGAAACGCAGGAUCCUCAUCCCUUUCUCGCAAAGGAAGCUCACCAAGCAGGUGCUGAAGGUGGUGAACACCAUUUUUCAUGGGCAGCUGCUCAGUCAGGUCACCUGUAUAACAUGCAACUACAAAUCCAACACCGUUGAGCCCUUUUGGGAUCUUUCCCUGGAAUUUCCCGAGCGCUAUCACUCUGUUGAGAAAGGGAUUGUCCCCGUUAACCAGACAGAGUGCAUGCUGACAGAAAUGUUGGCCAAGUUUACGGAAACUGAAGCUCUGGAAGGGAGGAUAUAUGCGUGCGACCAAUGCAACA